UAAUCUUACGGCGCCAUUGUUGAAAACUGAUUUUGUAAACUUUCUAUUGGAUUUGAUUUCCAAAGAUAAAGGAGAUGGAUGAAGUCAGAGAACAGCAGGCGAAGGAAUCAACUGACCAGAAAAAGUUUAAACGGCUUUCCGAUGACAUAAUUCCUCACAUCCUCAACCUAUAUGGGUCCUCUGCAACACCACAUGACUUCGAAAUUUAUGCUCCAAAUGCAACUUUUGAAGAUCCACUUAUGUGUGCUCAUGGAGUGGAGCAGAUCAAAUCAUCAUUUUACUCACUGUCCAAGGUCUUUAGUGAAUCCAAAAUCAUGGAAUACAGCAUACAAGAAAAUGCAGUCGGUCCUGGGAAAGGAGAGGUACUAAUUGACAACAAACAACAUUAUAAGUUCUUGGGGAAGGAUAUUACUAUGAUCUCGCUGAUCAAGCUGCGCAUUGAAGAGGGGAAGGUUGUCCGCCAUGAAGAUUGGUGGGACAAGAAACCACUAUGGAACAGAGACACAGUGAAGUUGCCAUUGCUUGGCCAACUUGUGGAAACAGCCCGCAGGGGUUCAAUGCUUGCAACUCAUGUUAUGAUGAGAUUUGGAAAGGAUCCAAGCUAGUUAUCAUUCUCCCAAUGAAAUAUGAACCAGGUGAUGAACUCAUGUGUAAAGCCCUCCCUUUCCAGGUCUUGACAUCCCUCUAAAACAUGCGUUGUAUCUAUUCUUGUGUAUGUGCUGCUACGGUGAAUUCUAAUAAUUCCAUGGAUUUUUCUCUAAUAUUACUAUUUCUUAUAUUUAACACUAGGGAAAAAAAUCCCUACAAUGCCGGAGUGGGGAUUCCUUCCCACGCCCUCUGGAACCAUCUGAAUGUAUCAUGGAGUGUCAUUAAUAAAUCACAUAUGUUUUGAGU